GGCCCGGGGCAGGGGCCAGAGGAGCAGGAGGUGCAGGAGACCGCCGCCGCUCCUGGCAGCGGCCCGCUUGCGUCGCCGCUGCCUCAGAAGCUCCAGAGGCUCCGGAGGCUGAGAGAGGGCCUGGCCGCCGCUUUGGCGAGGGCGGACAAGGACCUGGUGGUGGUGGGGCCGCUGCAGGACGAGGCAGCAAAGGCCAAGGAGGAGAGGGAGCAGCGCGCGGCCGCGGCGGCCAGAGCUCAGCAGGCGAGCGAAGAGGCGGCGGCGCGGCUCACGGACGCGCAGGCGGCGCUGGCCGCGAGGCGUGCUGCCCUGUCAGAGGCGCGGGGGCGGGCAGAAUUGGAGGACGGCGCCUUGGCCAACGAGGCCGCCGCCGUGGAUGAGAAGGCGCGGGUUGCGGCGGCGGCGGCAGCGGCCGCAAAGGCGGCGCUGGCGGCGGGGCAGGAGGAGGAGGCAGCCGUGGUUAGAGAGCUGGACGAGCUCCAGCAGCAAGUUGCAGGCCUGCUGGACCGGCAAAAGCUGCAGGGGCUGCGCGACGAUAUGGAGCUCCUGAUGGGCAAUCUGAGCCAGGCGACGGCCCGCGCGGAGGCAGCCCUGGACGAGAGGGUGCACCUGGCCGCCGCCACUGACGCCGCCGCGCACGCGAGCGACGAGGCCUCUGCGCAGCUGGCGGCGCAGCGGGCGACGUUCGCUGCUAGGAAGUUGGCGAGGGAGGAGGCCCUCGCCGCGCUGCAGAGCAGUUUUGACGAGAUGGGCAGGGCUGCGACGAAAAGCCAGGAAGAAGCAGACCGGGCGGCGGCGGUGGCGGCUGAUGCGGCGGCGACGCUCGCGGCGGCCGAGGGCGCGGCUGCGGCAGCGGUCGCGGAGGCCGAGGCCCAGGAGGCGGCCGCCGUGACAGCGGCGAAGGCGCCGCUAAAAGAGGGUCUUGGAGCCCCGGGCCAGUGA